AUGAGAACUCGGUCUUCCAGUCACGAGGAUGAGAACUCGGUCCACAACGACGUUCUUGACGGACCUAAGUCAAACAGUAUCGCACGAGUGAAAAACUGGCGAAGUGGUGUACCGGAGAAACAGGACCUACGACAGCAGGCGCAACCCACACCAGAGGAGUUGCAUCUUGGCGAGGAGACUAGAAUCGGCAGCGGUUCAGCCAAAGCCUGGCCGAAGUUCAUUGAGAGAUUCCACGAUCAGGUGCAUCAAAAACCAAGACUCACAUACACACGUCGCAUGGAUAUCUUGCAGUCGCAUCUUGCAGGAGACGCCCAGAAAUUGGUACAAGGGAUCGGAUUUUCAGGGAAAUGCUACGCUGAAGCUCUCCUGGAGUUGAAACUCACGUUAGGUCAUCGCAAUAAGGUAGCGAGGGCUUAUUUGGAUGCAGUUACUCGUGGCCCCUUGGUACCAGCACACAGCGUUCAAGCACUCCGGGACUUCUUCGUAAAUGUGAGAGACGCAAUCAUCACACUGACUAAGUUGAACCAGACUAUGGAUCUGCUUGGUUCUGACAUACUGAUGAGAGCGGCCCGCCGUCUACCCAAUAACAAGAUCACGCAAUGGAAUCGGUUUGUUGGUGGGAUAUCAAAAAGCCGUGAGCCAACUAUCCAUGACUUUCGAGACUGGCUACAGGACAGUCUAAUAAUGGACUCCAACCCAUAUGCGAUCCCCUACGACAGAAAAGAGGAGAAGCCAAACGAUAAAUCCGUCGAGAGAAGUGAGAAACAGUCCACAGUGUGGAACGUAGUAGCGAACGGAGGACAAGAUUCACGAAGUUCCGAUACGUACGGCGACAGGACAAGAAAUGGUGGGAACGGCAGUCGGAAGUCAGACGAUAGUAGGAGCAGGAAAUCACCGUCAUGUGGUUUAUGUCAUGAAGAUCACGCGCUGUACAAAUGCAGUAAGUUCAUAGCAAAGGACAUAACAGCUAGACACGAGUUGGUGAAGACACUGAAGCUAUGCUACAACUGCCUCAAGCCGCACCAAGUCAAAAUGUGCCCAUCUACCAGCAGAUGCAGACAGGAUGCAUGUGGGAGGAAACAUCACAGUCUUCUGCACGAUAACAAGCCCCAGCUCCAGGAAAACAGAGUUUCCAAAGAUAUGUACCACACGCAGGCCAACCAGGGAACCUUCUUUCAACUGGUCGAGAUAUACGCCACAGGAAACAACGGGGGAACCGUACGCACAGUAGCAGUUUUGGACUCGGGAAGCCAGAUAACACUCAUCCACAAAUCGCUGGCUGAAGGUCUGGGAUUGAAAGGAGAGAGAAGACAAUUGUUGUGUAAACAAUGA